CCCCAUGAUACCACAGAAGAAGAAGGCGGUGAUGAAAAGAGGAGACCAUGUUGAAUUAGCGUUUUGUAUGGAGUGAAUUUAAUCUAACAGUGACAUAAGUUAUUGAUCUGCCGCAAACAUUUAUGAUAUAUAACAUCAAAGUGAGAGAAAGGUGGAACAGGUUUGAGUUGCUGAAUACACCACCACUCACACACACAGCUACACACGUUGACAGAAGAGUUGAGAGACUCACCUGGAACAGAGGGGACAGACCGAAAGGAGCCCAAGGGGAACUUAAAGCUGCGUUGCUUUUGGACUACAGUUACCCUUGUUUGAUUGUCAACAUCAGGAAACUACUUUAACACGUGGAUGGACAUAUACAGACAGAGUGGAAAACAAAUGUUGAACAAUAAGGACAUCAUUAUUUUGAUGAAAUAUUUGUACAAAGGACAUCGAUGUUGAGCAAUUCAAAUGGACUUGACACAAAAAAAGGAAAUAAAAAUAUGUAAAUCUACGUUUCAACAAAGAUUAUAUUACAGAUGCUAUUCCCCCCCGCUUCAAAUAGCAGUUCUAUUGCAGGAAUUAAACUAUUUGAUUCUUGUUCACAUAUAAUGUUCUAUAUUGUGUGCAGGUGCAGUAUAUUUAUGCAUUUGAAUGCAUAUAUCUCUUCAUUUGGGAGAGCUCUUGUAUAAAUACUAUUUUUUUUUCAUACGGCAGUAAACUCUGUUGAAGGGGACCGAACUGCGCGUACAUAUAUAUGUAAAAACGACAGACUUCUGUUGUAAAAGCUUUGGACAAAAAAACAAGAUUAUAUUUGUUAAUGCUUUAUUAGACUCAUUUACUUUUGAAGAGUCUUUUUAAGGGGGCAAAACUGAAAAUAUUAAUAUUUUGAGAAUAAAAGUGGAAAUGGCAGCUGCCAGAACAGAGAACCUUGGUCCUGUCGUCAUGGGACUGAACAAGCAGAACGGGCAGCUUAGGAGGCCGCCUAAACCGGCUUCUCCCCAAUCAGGACCCCUCGUCCUGGGCUCUCUGUCAGACGAGGCCACAGGUGCAUCCCAGAAAGCGGGUGCUGCCCAGGAGGGAACUGGGAUUAGGUUUGGAGAUGACUGGAAAAAGAGCCUACAGCUCCCUCCCAAAGACACCAGGGUCAGAACCUCUGAUGUAACCUCCACUAAGGGAAAUGAGUUUGAGGACUACUGUCUGAAACGGGAGCUCCUGAUGGGCAUCUUUGAGAUGGGCUGGGAGAAGCCCUCCCCUAUCCAGGAGGAGAGCAUUCCCAUAGCCCUGUCAGGACGAGACAUCCUGGCCAGAGCCAAGAAUGGAACAGGAAAGAGUGGGGCCUACCUCAUCCCCAUGCUGGAGAGAAUAGACCUGAAGAAGGACUAUAUACAGGCCAUUGUGAUGGUGCCCACUCGUGAGCUGGCCCUGCAGGUUAGCCAGAUCAGUAUCCAGAUCAGUAAGCACCUGGGCGGCGUGAAGGUCAUGGCCACCACGGGCGGCACCAACCUGCGAGAUGACAUCAUGCGCCUGGACGAGACUGUGCAUGUGGUCAUAGCCACACCCGGCAGGAUCCUAGACUUGAUAAAGAAGGGCGUUGCCAAAGUGGAUAGAGUCCAAAUGAUGGUGAUGGAUGAGGCAGACAAGCUGCUGUCUCAGGACUUUGUAGUGCUCAUCGAGGAUAUCAUCAGCUUCCUGGCCAAGGGCCGUCAGAUCCUACUCUACUCUGCCACCUUCCCCAUCAGCGUGCAGAAGUUCAUGGCCAAGCAUCUGCAGAAGCCCUAUGAGAUCAACCUGAUGGAGGAACUGACUCUGAAGGGCAUCACCCAGUACUAUGCCUACGUCACUGAGAGACAAAAAGUCCACUGUCUCAACACACUCUUCUCGCGGCUGCAGAUCAAUCAGUCCAUUAUCUUCUGUAACUCCACUCAAAGAGUUGAGCUGCUGGCCAAGAAGAUCACCCAGCUGGGCUACUCCUGCUUCUACAUCCACGCCAAGAUGAUGCAGGAGUACAGAAAUCGUGUGUUCCACGACUUCAGAAAUGGACUCUGCAGAAAUCUUGUCUGCACCGAUCUGUUCACCAGAGGUAUUGACAUCCAAGCCGUCAAUGUCGUCAUCAACUUCGACUUCCCCAAGAACGCCGAGACAUACCUGCAUCGCAUUGGAAGAUCAGGGAGGUUUGGUCACCUGGGCCUGGCCAUCAACCUGAUCACCUCUGAGGACCGCUUCAACCUGAAGUCCAUCGAGGACCAGCUGGUCACCGACAUCAAGCCCAUCCCUGGCAGCAUCGACAAGAACCUGUACGUGGCCGAGUUCCACACCGCCAACCUAGACUGCGAGGUGGAGGAGGAGCUGAAGGAGACAGGCUGCCAACAGGAGGAGCCCUCGAACCCCUCAACUGGACAAUAGGACAUACCCAGCUUUUGCACAACAUUCAGCUCUUGCACACAGGCUUCAGGCACCUCUUCAACUUCUCUUUUCUCAACCUUCAAAACCUGGCACAUGGACGUUAAGGUCAAGUUGACUUUUUGCUGAUUUGUAUAUUCUGUUCUUAUUCCCCCUUGUUAUUUCAUUAAGAGCUGCCUGCAUUUUUAACAUUUAAAAUGGUUUAACCAUGUUGUUUUGCACCAAAGGUAGCUUGCCCAAUGCACACUGAAUGAGAUCAAUCAAUCCUUUUUUGGCUUAAAAGACAUGUAGGCUAAUGUUUUUUGGAUUGUAUCCUGGUAUUGCAAGGUAACAUAUCAGCUGAAAAACGUCGGAGAUAGGUGAGGAACAUUGUCUUUU